AUUUCAUCCAAUGAAAAGAAGCGGCGGCUAGCAGAAUACAUUUUUGUUUACAAAAAGUAUUUACUAAAUGGUGCAAGAUGACAAAUAUUUGACAGCAACUUAUUUAAGCUUAUGGCCAUUUAGUAACAGAAGUUGAUUUACUCUACGUAGACAAAAUUCGAUAUGCUCUGAUUUUAUUUUGCAUUAAAAGUGAUAAGCGAUGCGAGCCCAGUCAUGUUUUGGUAAGGCAUGGGUUAAUUUGAAUAUAAACAAUACCCCUUGCUUCCUGCCAAAAUGGUAUUUCAUGAUUUGAUAGAUGUCCAAUUAGACAAUAUUAUUCAUUUUGGUGACCAUGGAGGACUAUGAACCGCAGGAAUUGCUUAUGCAAAAUGUUCAGGACAUUAGAAAACGAUUAUUGGACACUGAAAGGAACUUAAAGAAACUAUCAAAGAUUGAGAAGAAGGGGAAUUAUGAUGAUUCGGAUCUGGAAUCUAUUUCAACACUGAACAGUUUGCCUGUGACUGAAAGGCUUGUCGUAACAAUGGAUGAUUUAAUGAGGAACCCUCAUCAUCAUGAUGUUUCUUGUGACAAGGACAGUAUUAAGUCUGGACUAGCCACCCUACCAGAGUCUUCUUAUGCUGGAUUUGAACGCAUUCAGCAUGCAUCCAGCACCCCUAAUAAACCACAGCAGGCAUUUAGUCGCCUAGACAGACAUGAUAGAGUUCAGUUCAUGGAGAGAGGCUCUCAACAGGAGUCGGGAGAAAUCCGGUAUCUAAAAGAGGCAAACAAAAAACUGCUCCAACAAAACCAUAAACUUCUAGGGGAGAUGGAACGAUAUAGUGAUGAAUUAAAUGCUGCCAGAUCUAAGGUACAAGAACUAAGUACUGAGUUGGAUGAAUAUCGUCAAAGUGUGCCUGACCUGGAGGAUAGGAUUGUUGGACUGCAAGCAGAAACUGACUCCCAAGACAAGGCAUUAAGAGAGGCUGAAGAAAGAUACGAGAAAAUAGAAAGACAAAAUGCUGAUUAUCAACUGCAAAUUAAGCAGAAUAAACAGGAAAUAGAGGAUCUCCAAUCAGAUUUAAAUGAUGAGAGGAAAAAAAGAAAGGGGGCUGAAGUUCAGAGGGACGAGGCUUUGCAGAAUUUCAUUGAUGCUCAGGAGACCUUAGAAGAUUACCAAAGGAAAGCAAAAGAUAAAACCAGAAAGUUGGAGAACAAUGAAGAUUACCUGAGAGACAGUCUUGGAGAGGCCAACCAGGAACGAGAGGAUCUACUGGAAAGAAUCUCUCUUCUUCAAGCAAAACUCAAAAGUCAGAAUGAAGAGAUAAGGAGACUGGAGCUGUUGGAACAUGUAGAGCUGGAUAGCAGAAGAGAUCUAGAGAAACAGAAUGCAGAACUUAAAUCAUCACUAGCCAAAAACACAUCAAAACUUAGCAAACUUGAAACCGAAUCUUUAACGGUGGAAAGUCUGAAGCGGGAGAAUAGUCGACUACAGAGCCAAGUUGACCAUCAGAGGGAGCAGCUGUCUGUGUGUCAGCAGGAGAUUGAGGAGAGUCGGACCAUGCUGUCCCAGCUAGAACAGCUCGCACAGCAGGUCCAAAACCAGAACAAAUCACAAAAUAGGGGAGCGAGCUUCAAUGACAGUGGUGUAUACAGUGUUAGUGUGCGAGCUGUUGCAGACUCCUCCAAAAGCCAGUCACAUGACAUGGGAUCUGCUACAUUUUAUCGGUCCGCCGGGGCAGAAUACGGAGCCAGCGAACAAGUAUCUGCAGCCUCAGGGGGGGCCAGGGCCAUUUUGCAGGAUCUCAGGAUGCAGCUUGCGAUGAAGGAUGCAGAGAUUCAGCGUCUACAGUCUUGUCUGCAAUCUCAGGAGGCCAGCAGUCAGACCAUGCUGAUAGAGAGCCUGCGUCAGGAGCUGACCAGCAUGCUGGAGAAUAAGCAUCAAGGUGCCCACAAAGUCCAGGAACUUGAGAUGCUAGUGUCUCAGUAUGAAGCUGACAAGUCUCGACUCGCUGGGGAAAUAGCCGAGUUAAAGCGAGAGAUCGGGGAUAAGGAGACUCAGAACACAUCGUUUGAGAACAGAAUCACUCAAAGAAACUCACAGCUGAUUGAGUUACAGGAACAGAUCAAUCACAAGUGUACUGAGAUUAGCAACCUUGAGAGAGAGGUGAGGAAAAAAUCUUCUCAAAUAAAUCAAUUGGAGGAGCAACUGGAUGAAAAAUCCAUUGAGUUUUCCAACUGUGUGUCCAGGGUCAAACAAUUGGAGCAUGACGUGACCUUCAGGGAUGAAGAAAUAACCAGGAUUCAAGUGGAGCUGAAGGAGAAACAGCAAGCCCUGCAGCAGCUCAGAACCAGUACAGAUAGGAACCAGCAACUACACCAAGAACAGUGUAAAGACUAUGAAAAACAGAUAGAAAUACUUCAAAAGGAAAUGGAGAGCAAAUCCUCUGUGUAUCAAGAAAAUUCCAGUCAACUGUCUCACCAUAGAAGAGAACUUGAUGAAAAAAAUUCACAGCUUAAGAAAUUACAAAAAGAACUCGAUAGAACAAAAGAGGAGUUAGAGGUACAAACCCAGCAGAGUCGGUUUGCCAUUCGACAGCUGGAGACCCAGGCUCAUGAAGGGACAUCUCAGAUGAAGCAGCUCGAGAUGGCACUACUUCAGUGCAAGGAAGAAAUCAAGACCUAUCUCGGGGCCCUGGAAGAAUCUCGAGACAAGUAUGACCGAGAUAUCAGGCACAAGGAAGAAAUGGUAAUUAUUGAGGAUAACCCUGACAUUAACACUACCUCCACCUGGCGUAUAUAUCAUGUGAACAAAAUGGAAAGACAUAUAAAGCAGAUCCAGAAGGCUUUAGAAGAAAAAUAUCAAGAAAACAUUGACUUGGAGAAAACAGUGUUUGAACAUCAAACUAUGCUACAACAAAGCACAACCAGAAUAGCGGAGUUAGAAGACAUCCAAUCAGAGCUAGGGAAACAGGUCUCAAAGUUGGAACACCAGCUGCUGACACAGAAAGCUCAGUCCAUGACAGAAUCUCAGAUGACAGAGAAGAAACUCAAACAAGCCUGUGAAGAUCUGGAACACCGCACAGUGACCAUCAACAAGCUUACCGACGCCCUCAGGGAGUUAGAAGUGGAGAAGAAGAACAUGAAUGAAGAGAUCAACAUGUUGGAGCAGCAGCUUCAGGACGAACAGGAAGCGAGCGAUGACAAAACCAAGCGGAUGUCUAAACUGGAGAAAGACAUCCGAGAUCUCCGUGUACAGCUGGAGCAGAAAAUAGAGAUAGUAAAUGAUUAUGAAGACCAAAUUCAAAAGAAAACACAGGACAUGGACCAGCAAGUGCAACUGGUCAGUGACCUUGACAGUGAGGUUAAAAGGUUACAGGUGGUCCAAAAACAAGCAAUGGAACAAAGUGAGGACACAGAAAUGAAGCUCCAAAAGGUCAUUCGUGAGGACAAGGCCAAGGAGGAGAUGAUUGAGGAUAUGAAGGACACCCUCAGAAAAACUCAGGAAGAAUUGAAUGAGAAACGUCAUGAAGCCUACAAACUCUCAGAGGCACUGGAAGACAGACAGAGGGAGCUACAACAAAGAACGAUGCAGGUCACUGAAUUGAGCAAUACAGUGAAAGAGCAGCAUGCAGAGAUGAAGCAAAGAAUCAUGACCCUAGAAAGCUCCCUCAAGAAAUAUGAAAUGGAAAUCCAGGAGCGUACUAAGCAGAUUGCGGAGCUUGAUGACAGACUUCAGCAGACCCAGUCAGAGCUGGGAGAGAUGACCCUCCAGUAUCAGCACGCCGACCAGCUGUGUAAAAAACAGAACCUGGAGCUACAGGCAAAGACAGCCAAGCUACAGGAGCUGGAAAAGACAGUGGAAAGGCAGCACAUGAAAAUGGAGGAACAAAAAGACGAGAAUGUGGAAGUCACUCAGGAGCUGAGACUGACCAGAGAGCAGCUUCAGCAACAGCACUCAGAAUUUAUGUCCACGAGACGUCAGCUAGCUCAGGUGAACAGGGAGAAUGAGCGUCUCAGUCGAGAUGUGGAGGAAAUAAAUAUGGUCAAAGAGACAAAAGAAACAGAUACAGCUCGUCUUGAGGAGGAGCUGGGAGCCACUAAAGCUCGCGAGGUACAAGCUGAAACUCGAUUGAAAACAGAAAUACGCCUCAGAAAUGAGGAAAUGGAAAGAGUCAGGGAAGAGCAUCAAAUUUUGGUGGAUGAACUACAGCGCUCCAUCAGCCACAUCAGUGAAGACAAGGAGCGUGUGGAGAGAGACCUGGAGAAGAAGAUGAUCCAGAUCAAGGAGCUGGAGAUCCACUACCAAGCCCAGUUUGACCUCCUCCAGAAGGAGCUGGAGAAUAUCCAGGAGGAGAUGAUAGCCAAGAAAGAGCUGGCCUCAGUGGCCAAUGAAUCACUCAUUAUCAAGGAUUCUGAAAUAGCUAGAUUAAGGACUAAAAUCUCUGGACUAGAGAGAACAAUCGCCUCAUUGAAUAUGUCUCUGAACAACAAUACAGACUCUGUGUAUCAUAGCUCAAUGAUUGGUGGAGCUGAAGUGGUUAAGCGCAGACACGGGUCAGAAAAUGCGAGCGAGGUUGAUUCACAAGAGUCCCGAAGUGCACCUGUGUCACCCGCUGCACGACGGAAAAUCCUUAGGGAACCAUAUUCAACAGCAGGAAAACUGCACGGAGAAUUCCAGGAACCUGAAGAUGAAACUGCCCUUUACCUGCUGCCAGUGCCAAAAGAUAGUAAAUCUAUGGAAUCAAAACGGACUCAACAAGUGCAUUUCAAAGAUGGUGAUGUUGAUGAUGAUUUCGAUGAAGUGUUAAACGAAGAAGAAGACAAAUGGAGGAAAAGUAAAUUGGGGAUGAACAAUGGAAUGAAUAAAAGUCCACUGAAGAGUAAAGGUGUACCUAGACUUAGUAAAAAAAUGAACUCUAAAGAUUCUCAGAAUUUGGCAGCACAGAAAGGACGAGGAAGGAAAUCUGACCACUUACCUGGAGAAUUUGAGAUAGAGCCCUUGACCGCUGUCAGAAUGUACAAGAGUCCACACUUCACAGGCCAUGGUGUGACAGACACAGAUUCUGCUCAAGGAAUUUAUGAACUACAGGAGAGAUUACGAGCCAAUGAACUGAGACAACAGCUGAUCGACCAACAACUCAAGAACCUGGAUGAUGGGGCUGUCCAUUCCUAGCUGUUAGCAGUGUAGUAUGGCAUCAAGUUUACCAAAGACUUCUUCAUCAUAACAAGACAGACUAAUGCUUUGACCCAGCCCUCUGUCUGGGCAUUAAAUUAUUCUCUGAACAAAACAAUCAUUAACAACAAAGAUUGGUAUCCCUAUUAAAUAAAUGAGAUUUCUAUACUUUUAUGUCAGUGCUUUUCAUUGAAAUCCAUGUUGUGAUCAAUUUGAAAAAAUGUGCUUUAAAGAAAACUGGUAUUUUUACAUAUAUAUGAAGAUUAAAUGCUAGAGAAGUUGCCAUAUAUGUAUGUACUUAUAGAAACCCAUGCUAUCAUGUAUGAAAAGAUGAAGUCACACACAGUGUAAUUGAUAGUGUUGGUGCACCUUUUCAUUUUGCAGCAUUUCAUUGUGAUCUGAGAACUGAGUUAGCUCUUUUAUACAUGUAUUUGAUUUUAUUGCACUACUGUCUACCUGUAUUUGUAUCAGCUAUAGAGAGUUUAUUUAUUGUUGAAAUUUAUUUUACAUGUAUGCCAAGAAUACAAAUAAUUUUACUAGUCA